UUAUCAGAAGAAAGAAACCAUGCAGGAACAUUGAAAAAUAGUAGUGUGUAGUGAUUUUUUGUUCUCUUUGAACAAAAAUGCCAUCGUAUACCUGCAUUUCGUGUCGUGUAGCAUUCGCUGAUGGUGAAAUACAACGGGCACAUUACAAAAGCGACUGGCAUCGCUAUAAUCUUAAACGCAAAGUUGCUGAAAUGCCCCCAGUUACUGCCGAAGCCUUUCGCGAGAAAGUCCUGGCACAAAAAGCUGAAAGUAACGCACAACAAGAGGAAAAGAAUUCUAAGCAUUGUGAGGUAUGCAACAAGUUUUUUUCCUCGGAAAAUGCAUUCUCCAACCAUUUGCAUUCGAAGAAACAUAAAGAACAACAAACAAAACAUGAAAAUGAUGCGAGCAGUCCAGCCGAUGAUGAGGUCGAAGUUCGGAACAAGAAAAAUGCUGAUUCAAUAAAUUCUGAAGAAGAAAAUGAAGAUUCCGAUGGCGAGUACGAGGAAACCGAUGAUGAUGAAAGCCUGGAGACGACACAGUGCCUAUUUUGUCCACAUUUCAGCACCACAUUUGAAGAUAAUAUGCGCCACAUGAUCAAAUCACACAGCUUCUUCAUACCUGACCUUCAGUAUGUCACCAAUGUGGAAGCUCUGGUAGGUUAUCUUGGUGAGAAAGUUGGCCUUGGCAAAGUCUGCUUGUAUUGCAACAGCAAGGGGAAAGAAUUCCACUCCAUCGAGGCAGUACAAAAGCAUAUGAUGGACAAGGGACAUUGCAAGAUAUUUUAUGAAGGUGAUGAUAUAUUGGAAUUCUCUGAUUUUUACGAUUUUACCAGCAGCUAUCCAGAUGCUGAUCCUGACAAUGAUUUUGAGUCUUCAGAAUCUGAAGUGAGCUUACAGGAUGGUGCAUUGUCUGUGUCAGAAAACACAGGAGAAUUAUGUCUUCCCUCUGGUACUAAAGUAGGACAUAGAUCAUUGAGGAGGUACUAUAAGCAGCAAUUAAGGCCAGAACAGGUCAAGCAAAAUCAGAUUGUGGUCCGAGGAUUGAUGUCUGAUUACAAGUUGCUUGGCUGGAGUGGAAAUAUUGGUGAAGCAAAUCGACUAAAAAUUCAACAUUUAAAUAUGAAGAACAAAGUUCAAAGGCGAAAAGAAUUGAAACUGAAGUUGAAAGGAAAUAAACUUCAAACACAUUUUAGAGAGCAAGUUAGAUACUGAGUGGAUUUGAUGUUCAUGAUAAGACAUUAACAUCAUAUAACUAAAUAAUGGUUCCUAAGACGUAUUGAAUUCUAGACUAUGAUAAAAUAAAUAUAUCCAUUAUAUGUGUAUGCAAGUGUGUUUUAAAGCAAGAAUAUUUUUUAAAAUACCUUUGAAUCAGCCAAUAUGCUUACAAUUUGUAUCUUCGCUCGAAGGGUGACAAUUGCAUUUUAUUGGGCACCAUCAUCAUUCGAAACAAUGCUUGCUGGGCUUUAGAACUUUGUAUAGUGUGGCCAAAUUAUUUGUACUAUUUGGGUUCCUUGCCUACCUUUCUGAGCCUAAGCUGCCAAACUGCAACACUCAACGAACUAGGAACUUUACUGUGUAAGACCAGGAUAAUUAACUAACCCUCAAUUGGAUUUUACAAGACUUGUAAGUUUUCAAUCUUUGGUUUCAAAAUAACAUUAAGAGGUUGUAUUAUAUGUUUUCGAUGAAAUCAAAUGGGGAGAAUAUUCUUUGCUUCUCCACUUAAGAUAUAAUGAUUAAUAUACCCAUGCAAAAUGAAGUUUCAAAUGAAGUUGAAUGCAUGCUAUUUAAAAUAAAAUAUAACUACAAUUUUCAUAAUUAAGAUUUAAGAUUUAUUUUAAGAGAAAGUUUUUUCUCUAUGUAAAUAACUUAA